AAUAUACCCUUACGAUCACAAACCCUUAGGCUCAUAUACCCUUCAUAGGGUAUAUGGAGUGCGCAUAAACCCUUCAAGGGUUUAUAGAAAAAAAAAUCAAUGACAAGCGUUCAUUAUUCUGCCCUUUUUUUACAGUGUACAGUGCACACUCACACUCACUAUGGAUGUGAUAGAAGAAAAUGAUCUUUAUGUACACCCACACAUCCCUUUUACAUACAGGUAGAAUAAUCUACUGUUACGCAUAGAAUAAUAAACCGUUUGCAUGUAGGUGUAGAAUGCUAAACCUUUUCAUAAAAGAGUAGAACAAUAAACCCAUAACCGUAGAAUAAUAAAUCCUUUUCAAGUGAGAGCAAAACAAUAAACCCUUUUUAUUUUUAAAUACCCUUUUUCUCAGAAACCCUUUCGCAUAAAAACCCUUUAAGGGUUUAGGAAGACUUUCCUGAAGCACUAGAAUUUAUUAUUCUAUGAAAUUUUUUUUACAGUGUGUGGGUAUAUAAAAAAAAUACAGUCACACCCACACCAAAAAGAUACGUAUAAUAUGCCACUCGAAGCACCCUAUGACCGCUAAGUAUAAGAAAAUUUAAUACUUGUGUAUAAACGAAACAUUUUCUCUAUUGGAUAAAUAGUUGGUACAACCUUUGUAGCACGGUCCUGAAAGGAUUAAUAAUUGCUGAUGAAAUGUUCACUUGUUAUCUGCUAGUUUAGCUAGUUUAUAUAACUGUCAGAUACAAUUUUCAUUGAUCUAGGUAAAAGUUCAUUUGGUAAUACAUUGUGCGGUCGUCAAGCUUUUUCUACAAGUUCAGGAUCUUCAUCUCAUACACGGCGUUCAUGUUCUGCAGAUCGCAUAUUCGAUGGUACUAAUAUUAUUAUUUUUGACACUCCAGGUCUCUUCGAUACUCAUGCCGACUUUAGUGUCAUAAAACAAAAAAUCUGUGAUGCAGUAACGAAAAUUGCUUCUCCAGGACCACAUGCAUUUCUCAUUGUAGUGUCUGCUGGUCGUUUCACAGACGAAGAACAGAAAACAGUUCAAUUGAUUAAUGAUAUGUUUGGAAAAGAUGCCGGCAAAUAUUGCAUUCUCAUUAUUACAAGAGAAGAUGAUAUUCUAUAUGAAGGGAGUACUAUCAAAGAAUACAUUGAGCGAUCAACUAAACCAUUUAAAGAUCUCGUUGCUCAAUGUGAAAAUCGUUAUUUAGCUAUGAACAAUCGUGCAGGAAAAGAAGAGCGCGACGAUAAAGUGCGUACACUAAUCACUAUAGUACGACAAAUGUUAGAUAACAAUCAAACACCAUUCUACACUAAUGAGAUGUUCAUAAAGGCUGAAGAGGAACUUUGA